AGUCUAAUUGCUAUACUCCAACUUCCUCGCCCACCAUGCUUGGAAUAUCAUGAGAAGACGCUCCCUCGGAUAUGCUCGGCCCUGGCAAAAGAGACUAGUUGCGCAUCACGAUGGUCGACGCGGCCACGAUCCCGUGAUGAAUGAUCUCAUCGCACGAUUGCGCCGUCAAAGACCGCCCGAUUAUUUCUCUCCACGGCGAAGUAGGAGAAAUAUAGUCUAAUGAUUAUGACUUUCUUCCACACAGCUCUAAUCUCAACGACUAGAUUCUUAUGGACCAGCGCUAACUGACAGGAAUCGAGCGCCAGUGGUAUAUAUAUAACUCUCAUGCCCAGUUCGGGCUGAAACUGAAUCCCUUUGCGCCUACACGCGACGUCCCAUCCAGAAGCAACUCAUCGCCAACGAUCCUCUACAAUGCUGCAAAUACCAGAGGAACUGAAAACCGCGUACACUUAUAUUUGCGCUGCAUCUAUUUGUUAUCUUGCCGUACAAGUCGCCCGCCAUUUUUACUGCUACCUCCGACCUUCCAGUCUUUCGCGCUAUAACCCCCCUGGGAAAGAUGCUUGGGCUCUAGUGACAGGCGCCAGCGAUGGAAUAGGUUUCGGGUUUGCCCAGGAACUCUGCAAGCGUGGAUUCAAUGUCUUCCUACACGGUCGGAACCACGACAAACUACUACGAAAACGGGAUGAGCUGCUGGCCGAGUUCCCCAGCGCAAAGAUUCGGAUCAUUGUCUUCGACGCGUUUAAAUGCUCUGAAGAUCUCAGUUGGAUUGCACAAGAGAUUGGUGACGCCCGUCUGACCGUUCUGGUCAACAAUGCUGGAGGGGGAGUGAAGCCGUUCGAGCAGCUGGCCGAGCUCACACAUGAAGACGUGCAAGCAACCAUCAGCCUUAAUUCUACUUUUACGGCGCAAAUCACGCGCGUCCUGAUGCCUAUCCUGGAGAAGAAUAGCCCGAGUCUCAUUCUAACUGUCUCUUCGGCAGCAGCCUAUGUGAUGCCGACCCUCACAAUAUACAGUGCCUCGAAGGGAUUCGUGGAAUCCUUCACCCGGUCGCUGCAAGCCGAAAUGACGCUCGACGGAAAAGACGUGGAAGUUCUCGGGCUACGAGUGGGAAGUACUAAUAGUCAAGGAAAUGAUGUGGCCGUGGGCCUAUUCAGUCCAAGCUCUCGCACCCUAGCUACAGCGGCCUUGAAUCGUGUCGGAUGCGGCGAAUCGGUUGUCUGGGCGUAUUGGCCUCACUCCCUCCAGGGUCUGAGCUUUCAUCUAAUUCCAGGCAAUAUGCUGAUUCAAAUAUUGGGGGCCCGUCUCAGAGCCAUGAAGCGGGAGGCUGAAGCGAAACGGGCGAAGAAGAGGUAGUAUUAUCUGACGAAGCGAACACGCUGGAGCUAUUGACAUAUUGAAUAGCAAGCAUUAUGGCGAUGCUGCUUAAUGCUAACUGAAUUUUUGGCUGCGAGAAGCGCAGCACGUCUGUAUGUCAUUGCAGAUAGCCAACCUACUCGCUCAAUUAUAUUUAAAUCUGAUU